UUCCGGGGCGGCUGCGGGAGCUGUCAUGGACGAGGGGGCGGAGGCCGCGGGAGGCCUGCCGCGCCGGCCGGAUACUUACUGAGCGACCCCGGGACCGGCUGGACCACCACGACGACGACAUAAAUCUCUCCCCGGGACCCCCGCAGCGGACAUGGAUGACAGCAAGGGAGUUGGAGGCAAAGUCAAGAAGCCGGGGAAACGGGGCCGGAAGCCAGCCAAGAUUGAUCUGAAGGCAAAACUCGAGAGGAGCAGGCAGAGCGCGCGAGAGUGCCGGGCCAGGAAGAAACUGAGGUACCAGUACUUGGAAGAAUUGGUGUCCAGCAGAGAGCGAGCGAUCUGUGCCCUCCGAGAAGAACUGGAAAUGUACAAGCAGUGGUGCCUGGCCAUGGACCAAGGAAAGAUCCCUUCGGAAAUCCAGGCCCUGCUCACCAGCAGUGAGGAGCAGAGCAGGAUCCAGCAGGAGUCCAGCAAGCAGCCCAAGGUGGGCAAGGCAGAGACGAGUAACAACCCCUCCUGGUGAAGAUGCCAUCCUCGGCCAUGCUCGGCUCUCAGGCCGAACAUCAGAAGACCACUUGCCACCCAAGAGCCACCUCUGUAAAGAAGCGGGCCACGCCGAAGCCAGUGGUUGCCAGAGGGGAAGUGACACACUUUGACCAGCAGCGAGAAGAAAGUGUCAGAACGUCUGCGGAGGCUCGGUCCAGUCUGCUGCCAGGUGACCCCCUACCAGCGCCCGGAAACCCCGCCGGGGAUCGGAGAACUGUCAACUCCAACUCCACGUCUCCAUUGGAUUUUGUCGUACGGUGUCAUUUCCUUGCCUUCCGCCUUGUCGAUCUUCUUUCCCAAUGGCCCAAGAGGCCCUUUUUUUUUUUUACCCCCAGGGCCGCAAUUGUUUUCCUGCAGAGGCCACGCUGGCUCCUCGGAGGCCCCCAGUUGGAGCUGGGAGUGCAUAUUAAUGGCUCCUCCUGUUUGUAUUUUUGGAGCGCACAGUAGCAUCUCUAUGGAUGCAUAUACAGGGGGACGUCGGUGUAAAAAGCUGACUGGGGAGCCUCCAUUUCUAACCUCGUAAACUGUGGCAACAGAGUAGGGGAAACGCCUCGCGGGUUGCGGCCGAUCUGGUCAGCAAAGUUAGCAAGAAGUUGUUUUCCACAUAGGGCACUCUGUCGAGUGUGCAUGCAUGUGUGUGAAGAAUGUUCCCCCAAUUUUCUCCAGCCAAGCCAAGCCUGUCCGGAGGAUCGUUCUGGAGGCCGGGGGCGGGGAAGGACGGUUCAGUUUGGCUGCUGCUGCUCUGAGCUCCUAUUUCUACCUCGAGAGGUCUUUCCUGAAAUGAAGUUGGGCUCUAGAUGCUGCUAGAAUGAGAGAGUGUGUGAGAGAGAGACAGAGAGAGUGAGAGAGAGAGAUAUGAAUGAAUUUCUUGGCAAGGGCCAAAGCUAACUACCGACUGGGGCAGUCAGGUGAGCUGGGAAAGGAAACCCAGUUGGGUCCACUGGGGAGGUUUUCUUUCCUCCAGGCGUGCUCCCAGGAUGGGGCUCAUCCCAGCCUCUUUCCCAGGGAGUUGAGUUUGGGAGCCGGGAAGCAGGCCGGGCUUGGGAAAUGGUUUUGAAUUCUUUACUUGGCUCCUUCCAAAGCUCUCAGCACAGCUGGGCUUGUCUUUGAAGCGAUUCUCCAGAGGAAACUCUAUCUUGGAGCCCAGACCCGCCCAGGGCAGACUUACAGCCUGGCAAAAGCUGGGCACAGGCGAGGACCGGGCCAGGCAGGACCCGGGAAAGCCUGGCAUCCCACGAGGCAUCAGGGACCCCGAGCAGAAAGUUCCUUUUCUGUGACCGGAAGGUGUGCACAGAAGUCACCAGAGCCACCGUGAUGCGAUUCCCUUGCCAGAGAAGAUCGGUGGAAUUUUCACCUUCCCCUGAAGAGGGUCGGGCUUUGGUCCAGGCUGCUCACUGUCUGCCCUCGAGUGUGAGGAAACCCUCGUUUGGUCAUCGGUGGACUGCUUUAAUCAAAAGCCCAGCCGUGUUGAUCCCUUCUCGGGGAGGACUUUCCUUCUGUUUGGCCAGGGCAGGGACCAGUUAUCAGAGACCUCUGGAUCAUUUCCUUACCUGUUCAUUAGGGAGCGGAAUUGCAAAAGCCCCAGAAUUCCCCACCUACUGUAGAAAAAGGUGAGGAAAAUCGGCCAGUUCGGCUCUCCUAAGCUGUGUCCUUCUGUGGGCAGAGUCCUGGGGGAGUUUAUUUAAAUACACCCCCCUUAAAAAAAAAUUUUCUUACUUUAAUGCCGGGCUGUCAGCUUCCAGGUCUAAUUUAUCACUGCAUCCGAGCAAUGGCAGAGCUCCCUUAUACAGUUUGAGCAAACUAUCUCCCCACUGGGAAGUAGUCCUUUAAGGCAGUGUUUCCUCAACUGGGGGCAGGGAGAGACUCCCCAGUUCAGCUACGACAGACUGCUCCUUCUCACAUCGGUGAACGUCUGUGUUUUAGGGGCGAUAUUGUCUCCUAAAACAGCCACUGAGCCAAGUAGGUCGCCCUCAGAUUAAAUCGGUCACGACUGGACACUGGCACAAUGGAUAGCCAUUGAAUUUGGUUCAGAUCAAGACUGGGAAAUAGGAGAACUUAAUUGCAACAUUCACAAGAAAUCUGUUGGGUAUAUUUCAGUUGGAAAAAAAGGGUCCUGCAUCAGUUUUAAGCUGCAUUCUUUUUUUCUAAACAAAAUGAGAUUUCGGGGGUAUCAAAUGUUUUUCUUCCUCUGAAGAGCACUGCACAUCCAUCUUUAUCAAACUGAAAGCCUGGAGGGAAGGAAAAGAUGGUCUCUUUCCCUAAACUGCAUGUCUCAAAAUAUUACUUCCCGGCACGAGUGCAGGAUUUAAGAUGGAGUGGUCAGUGUUAGCUUAAGGGAAGGAUAUAGCCAACUCUGCACUGGGUUGUUAAACCCCCAAAAUGAUUGCACUUGGAAUGAUUGACUCGCUGGUCCACAGAGAAUUCUGACCUAAAUGGGGUUGAGGCGGGACCCUUAACUGUAGGGGGGUCCAUUGAUGGUCCCUGACAAGCAGUGUGGACAGUCAAACCCGGUUGGUUUCCCAAGGGAUCGAACCCAGGCCGAGGGCAAAAACGGACAAGGCUCUUCAGACCCAGGUCAGGAAGCUAAACAUCCUCCCGGGACUGCAGGACUGGGCCACAGAGGGAUUUACGCUUCUUCACUUGGCUGGUCUCCUCAACAAGCAGUGAGCAAAACAGAGCAAGAAAUUCUGGGAAGCAAAUAAGGUGGGACCAUUUCAGGCCAGUCUUAACCAGUGGGGGAGCGUCAAGCCUGGGACAGACACCCACAACCCAGAUCGGAAUUGGGAAUAAUCUUGAACAGGUCAGAUUUGCAGGGGUUAGGCCUGGGUGUACUCUGUCCGUGAACCUUAAACUCGACAGAAUAUUGGUCCCAUGACCCGGGAGAGGCUGAGUCUUUUAGAUGGUCCAUGGGCUCUGGCUGCACCCACGGCAUGAGUUCCUUGUCCAGAGAAAGAAUGGGGACCCAUGGAGGAUGGUACUUACUUGUAAAGCCCAAGCAAUGACCAUCCUUGCGUCUCCAGCCCUGGAAAGGAGGGGCUGACCGGGUCUGCCCAAACACGACUGGACUUGGCUUUAGAUCGGCCUUCCUUCCCCCUAACCCGUGGGGACCCACGUUCUCAUUCAGGCCUCCCAGGGGACCCCGAGGUGAAGGCUGGAGUUUGGGACACGUGUCAGUGGCCCCGGGGGCCGCCUGCCUGAGAGAAACCACCACUGGAAAUCUAUGACCCAGCGGUGUCCCCCAAGCCCGUGGGUAUCAGUUGAUUCUCAGUAAAAACAUUUCUGCUUUUGUGUGGGUACCACCGACCCCCCGCCAGGCCCUGAAACACCAGGCUCCCCCAGACCCCUGCUGUCUUGCCUUUCUAAUGACAUGCCUGAGGUUUCAACUCUGCCUUUCUGCAUUAUGCCCCGACUGACCUUUCCUCACUUUUCCAUUUUCAUUGGCAUUUUCUGUUUCUGACCAAGUGGAAUGAGUGUUCAGCGCUCUGCACCCUGUGGGUGCUCAAUAAAGUAUUUGUGGACUGAC